AUAAUUUUCUAGUCGUCACAAAGACGCCAUGAUGGGUGUACCAAAGUCCACUGUAAACUGUAAUGGAAGGUCAAAUGAACAAUGAUCGAUUUAUCUUGUAUCUACUUGCAUGCCUUUUGCAAGUGGAUAGCUACCUCUUUGCUACGUAAUCACGAUGCGACAAGAAGGAAGCACAUGCACGCAGUAUGAUAGUUGUAAACAGAUGAAUCUUCUAAUGUCAAUUACAGUUCAGUGAAAUGGCGCCGGUAAAUUGUAAUUUAAAGGCUAAAGGGAAAUUCACGGGAAAAGGAGGCAGGGAUAAUCCAGCAAACAAGCGACACGGCGGUGCAAACAAACAGAAGAGAAAAUGGGUCCCCGAGCAUAACGUUUUUGAUGGAAGCGUUGGAGAAGGUCAGGGGUUUGCAUUCAAGAGGAAGCAGAAAGUGCAACAUGAGUACAACAAACUUCUACGAAAAGAGCGGAGGAAGACGCCUGGAGUCCAAACGCAGUACAAACAGGAUUACCCGGAGCACCUGAAACAUCUGUACAUGGCUGAAGCCGAGAAACUGAAAAACGAGACUCGGAUGAACAGAAUAAAUAGGACUAAGGGCAGGCAGGGUGGAGUGGUAGAAGCUGUAACAGAAGACCUGGGAGAGGAAACUCUCCCAGACCAGGCUACACCCUCUGACCCUGUCACGUCAGAAGACCGGACAGACUCUGCCCCUGAACCCACAAAGGACUUACAUGCCGACAGUCUCCCCAUGAGCAACCGUCAGAAGAAGAAAAUGAUGAAGAAGACCUCCUAUCAGAAGACGAAAGAAGAGUUUGAGAAGAUCAAAGAAAGGCGAUCACAAAAGAAAGAAGAAUUCUUGAAGAGUAAACAGCAGAGAGAAGAGGCCAUCCAGAAGUACAAACAGAAAAAGACAGAAACCUUUCAAAUGCUGAGCAAAAAGACAAGGAAAGGACAACCUAACCUCAAUCUACAGAUGGAGUACUUACUGCAGAAGAUACAAGGAAGUGGGAAAUGACCAGAAGAUGCAGGAAAAAGCAUGAAUCAACAGGUUUUAAAACAUGAACCAUAUUAAAAGACCAUAAACCAGA